AUGGGUUCUUUAUUCCGAAGUGAGGAAAUGACUCUCUGUCAGCUAUUUCUGCAAAGUGAGGCGGCUUAUGCAUGCGUGUCUGAACUCGGAGAACUUGGUCUAGUACAGUUCCGUGAUUUAAAUCCUGACGUAAAUGCCUUUCAACGGAAAUUCGUUAACGAAGUCCGGCGGUGUGAUGAAAUGGAGCGCAAGCUCCGUUACUUGGAGAAGGAAAUCAGACGGGAUGGCAUCCCUAUGCUGGAAAUCCCAGGAGAGUGUCCUGAAGCACCACAGCCUAGGGAAAUGAUCGACCUGGAGGCGACUUUCGAGAAACUCGAAAAUGAACUUCGCGAAGUGAACCAAAAUGCGGAGGCCCUGAAAAGAAACUACCUCGAACUCACGGAGUUGAAGCAUAUUCUGCGAAAGACUCAAGUAUUCUUCGACGAGAUGGCGGACCCGUCGCGCGAGGAGGAACAAGUCACACUGCUUGGGGAAGAGGGCCUGAUGGCGGGAGGGCAAGCGCUCAAGUUGGGUUUCGUCGCCGGCGUGAUUCUUCGGGAACGCAUCCCAGCAUUCGAGAGAAUGUUAUGGCGAGCCUGCAGAGGAAACGUGUUUUUGAGACAGGCUGAAAUCGAUACGCCACUGGAGGAUCCAUCUUCGUCGGAUCAAGUUUACAAGUCCGUAUUCAUCAUCUUCUUCCAAGGAGACCAGCUGAAGACUCGCGUGAAAAAGAUAUGCGAGGGUUUCCGUGCUACUCUGUACCCGUGCCCUGAAGCACCCGCUGAUAGGCGAGAGAUGGCGAUGGGGGUUAUGACAAGGAUUGAAGACUUGAAUACCGUUCUCGGUCAAACUCAAGACCACCGUCACCGAGUCCUGGUAGCAGCUGCCAAGAAUAUCAAGAACUGGUUCGUGAAAGUGCGCAAGAUUAAGGCCAUCUACCAUACACUCAAUCUCUUCAACCUGGAUGUGACGCAGAAAUGUCUUAUCGCUGAAUGUUGGGUGCCUGCUCUAGACAUGGAGACUAUACAACUGGCGCUAAGGAGAGGCACGGAACGCAGCGGAAGCUCUGUGCCGCCCAUCCUGAAUCGUAUGGAGACGCUAGAAGACCCGCCCACUUACAACCGUAACAACAAAUUUACUAUUGCUUUCCAAAACCUCAUCUACGCGUACGGUGUUGCCACGUACAGAGAAGUUAACCCUGCACCAUACACAAUAAUUACCUUCCCGUUCCUCUUCGCUGUGAUGUUUGGGGACCUCGGCCACGGUGCGUUGAUGGCCGCCUUCGGAUUCUGGAUGUGUUAUAAGGAAAAGCCUUUGCAAGCGAAAAAAAUUGACAGUGAGAUCUGGAACAUUUUCUUUGGCGGCCGUUACAUCAUCCUGCUGAUGGGACUGUUCUCUAUGUACACGGGCCUCAUCUAUAACGACAUCUUCUCCAAGAGUCUUAACAUAUUCGGCUCGUCGUGGCAGAACAACUACAACAAGACUUUUUUGGCCGAGAACAAGUUGUUACAGCUCAAUCCGGAUUCGGAGGACUAUUUACAAGUGCCUUAUCCGUUCGGUAUCGAUCCUGUCUGGCAGUUGGCUGAAGCGAACAAGAUUAUUUUCAUGAACGCGUACAAAAUGAAGAUCUCCAUCAUCAUCGGAGUGUUCCACAUGUUGUUCGGUGUCUGUCUCUCGCUAUGGAACCAUAUCUACUUCAAGCGCCGCAUCAGUAUCUACGUGGAGUUCAUCCCCCAGAUUAUAUUCCUCACCCUCCUUUUCUUCUACAUGGUGCUUCUGAUGUUCAUUAAAUGGGUCUCGUACGGUGCCACCCCAGGACACUUUGGUGAAGAAGAUUACGUAAAAACGAGCAGCUUCUGUGCACCGUCCAUUUUGAUCACGUUCAUCAACAUGAUGCUGUUUAAGACGGACGAAAACACACGUCCCAAGUGUGACCCCACCAUGUUCGCCGGGCAGAUUGGACUGCAGAAGUUCUUCGUCAUCGUUGCUCUUCUUUGUGUACCGGUGAUGCUUUUCGGAAAACCCUAUUUCAUCAUGCAGGAGAGGAAGAAACGCGCGCUUCAAGGUCAACAACCUCUUGCUGAGACUGCUGAGAAUGGUACAGCGGGCGGAGCCCCCGUACCAGCCUCUCAUCACCACGAUGAGGACAUCUCGGAAGUUUUCAUUCACCAGGCCAUUCACACUAUCGAGUACGUGCUGGGCAGCAUAUCGCACACGGCGUCAUACCUCCGUCUGUGGGCCUUGUCACUCGCUCACGCCCAACUGGCUGAAGUCGCGUGGAACAUGCUCCUGCGCAAGGGACUCAUGUCCGGUGGCUACGAGGGUGGUGUGUUCCUGUAUGUGGUGUUCGCGGGAUGGGCCGCCAUCUCCAUCUCCAUCCUAGUUCUGAUGGAGGGAUUAUCUGCGUUCCUGCAUACCCUGCGUUUGCACUGGGUGGAGUUCCAGAGCAAAUUUUAUGCCGGCGAAGGUUACCUCUUUCAGCCGUUCUCGUUUGAAGUCAUCUUAGACUCAGCUGGACAAGGGGAGGAGUAA